ACCAUUCAACAAAUUAAACUCAAAGCGAUAAGUUCAUAAGAACAACAAGUGAAAAUUUUAUAAGGAAAAAGGACCUAUCAAUAUAUAUAGACAAGAAAAAGUUAAUAUAAAUUUUAGACAAAGAAAAUUAAAAUAAAUCAAACGAAUUGUGACUCAAAAUAAGUUAGCAAAGAAAAAUCAAACAUAUUGAAAGUGAAUUGUAUUGAAAGAAAGUGAAUAAUUUAUACAUUUAGAUUCCCUCUCAUCAUUAUCAUAUAUCAAUUUUUUGUCGACGAACUGCAAAUUUAACAAAGGGAAAAAUAAAAUUUUGUGCAACUUUACUUCGCCUACCCCACGAACGAACGACAACGACUGUACAGAGUCUACUUUAUUCAUUUUGAAGCAGACAUACAAGUGUGUACAUACUAGACAAUUAAAUAGUAGACAAAAAUCUAUUGGAAAUUCUUCUGGGCAGUUUUGUUCGAUGAACAGUCUACGCCGUUAUCCAAAAACUCUCGGAGGUGUUGGCAUAUUGACCACUGGCCUCAUUCUUUACGAUAAACGUAGAGUUCAAAAAUUAAUUUCGAAAUUUGUGGACAACAAUAAUGGCGGUGCUGGCGACAAGAAACCCGAAUCCGAAUACAUUUACAUCAAAUAUCACAUCUACCGGGAGUCUAUGCGCAGAUUGAAGAAACAAGAGGAAGAAGAUAAGAAAUGGAUCAGUGUUAUUGUUAAUCCCAUUGGCAAAUGGUGGAAAGCGCUUAAGCACUCGGUAGCAUGGCGUCUAUUGGAUAUAGCACAGAAUGGCAGUCACCAUGAUCGUUUAAAGGCCGUAAGGCAAUUGGCCAGCAUUGAUCAUUUGAAGGAUUGGGAUUUUCGCCACUUGGCACAAUUGUGUGAUGCCCGUACAGCCGUAUCAUUGGCCCGUUGUGGUGCAGACAAACGCUGGUUCGUUCCUGUUCAUAUGAAAGGUUGUAUAAAGAAUCCCAAGUUGGUGUUGUCCGAAUUGCAUGACUUGCUUUCGCAUAUGAAAUCAAAGUCACCAUGCGUCAAUCAUUUCUUUAAGAAGUAUUUUCCCGAACAAGAUCCUUUGGAGGAUGUGUGUGAAUUCUUUACGCAAGAACACCCGGUUACUUUUAAUGUACACGAAAUUGAUUUGCUCAAGGAAAUUGUAUCAUUUUUACAUCAUGUCACCAAAGACCCUGAAUUUGCGCAACAAAUUAUUAAAGAAGGUGGAUUGGUUCAUUUAAUGGAACUGUCAAAAAUAUUCGCUGAUGAUAAUGAAACUUUGUCCACCCUGUGCAAAGUGUUGGCGAAUUUAUCUCUGGUCAAAGACAGUGUGGAGCAUUUCUUUGUGAGUGGUUGGAUUGGAAUAUUGGCUGAAUGGCAACAAUGUCCCGAUUUAAGACUACAAGUGAUCUCUGCCAAAACUAUGGCUAAUCUGGACCAUGAUGAUCCCAAUUUCACCGUCUAUCCCCCCAAUGUGUAUCCCUUGCAUCCCCGACUAAGAACUCGCACUAAACCCAAGGCCGAUAUUGUGUUUAUACAUGGACUUUUGGGUGGUGUUUUUAUAACAUGGCGUCAAAAGGACCGCAAACCCACAGAACUGGGUUUAUAUGGUAAAAAUGCAUUCUACACCAGCGAAACGGACGAUGUUUUUCUUGUUGGCGAGCAAAGGCGCUUGAACUUGAAAAAGAAUGGCAAUGGAAAUGGCAAAAGUAAGCAAAAUGUGACGAAAAACGAUGACACUGGUAUUGCUUCUCAGCCCAAGGAUAUCGAAGCAGGAAUAGAAAAAAAAAAAAUUCUUAAAGCUAACAUGAAAGCUGAAAGCAAACCAAUACAGAUUAGUGAUAGUGCUACCAAAGAGUUUGUAGAGACAUUGCGCAGUGAAGCUGAAUUAGAGAAAGAUUGGGAGGUCGUACAUCCAGAUAUCCCGCUAGCUGCAAAUGAAAACUGUUCUGGCGAAUUCAGUGUUUCUGGCCCGGAAUGGAAAAAUCAAGAUAGUCAGGAAGAUUAUACAAACUGUUGGCCAAUGGAAUGGCUGCCCGAUGAUCACCCCAACACAAGAAUUAUUGGUAUUGACUACACAUCCGCGGUUACAGAGUGGUCGGCAAACUUCACCAAAUAUUGCCCAUGUGAAAAGGGUCAGGGCCAUAUACAAACCCGAGCAAAUACUCUUUUGGAACGCAUUUCCUUGGCGGAUGUUGGCAACGACAGGCCCGUUGUAUGGAUUGGCCACUCUAUGGGUGGAAUAUUAACAAAAUUGAUUCUAAUGAAUGCCAAAGACAGUAAAGAUCCUAAGGUGCAACAAAUAGCCAAAAAUACCAGCAGUAUUGUAUUCCUGGGAACUCCCCAUAGAGGCUCUCCCAUUGCCAAAUGGAAACAGCAUAUGCAAAUGCUUUUGUCUCCCUCGAUUGAAGUCAAAGAGCUGGAGGAGAACAACCCUCGCCUUUUGGAAUUGCACGAACGAUUCAUGAACUGUCUGCACACAUCUUUCCGCAAUGUCAAAAUUGUAAGCAUAGCUGAAGGAAAUCCCACAAUGCUAACAUCGUUCAAAUUUCCUUUGCGCAUUGUAACCGAAGAGUCUGCUCGCAUAAACUAUGGCGACUUCUAUGUUCUAAAAGAUGAUCAUCUAAGCUUAUCAAAGCCUAUAUUCCGCCAAUCGUUCCUUUACAAACGCCUCUUACAAGUUAUAGACGAAACUGUGAAUGAAAAGACCGAUCCCGCCUUGAAAAAUCCACUGCCCAGCAAGAAGAUGGAAAUAACACCACAAAAAUUGCCCACACAAGUCCCUAGCUUGGUGCAACAAGCGAAGGAUAUAUUUUCACUGCUUCCUCAGCUGGUUUUCAAAUUCUCAACAACAUAAUUUCCUCAUUCGUAGAAAUGGCAUCGUAUUCAAAGCUUUUCCGAAAAUAGUAUUACAUUCGUACUUAUUUCCAAAAUACACAUACCAUUCCUUGUAUCGCAGCCAAAUUAUUACUCACUCACAUUUUCCAUUGUUAGACAUUAGUAAUAGAUCUAAAUUUUCAGAGCUAGCUUGUUCCCUUGGCGAGAAUUUGUAGUCAAAAAGGAUAUCGGCAUCAUUUCUAUUCACAGUAUAAUCACGUGUAGUGCAGUUGAUCUGCCCUUUAAAAAGCCAUCUUAUUAUUGUAAGAUCGUGCCUUCGAAUAAUGUAUAUAGAUAUAUAUUAGUAGUAUGUAUAUUCACUAAAGUGAGUAAUUUAGAAACUUUUUACAAAUAUUUAUUCAAAGCGUCUUUACUCUUUUUUCAAUAAAUCUUUUUUAUUAAUUACAAUGAA